AUAAAUAUAGGUACGUGCGGUCUGGUGAUUCAAAAUUAUUGUAUUUCUUGUAAUUAAUACAUACGUGGCAGGAUAAUUUUAUAGUAAAAUGUUACAGUGAAUAAAAUCUUUAAAAGCCUUGAUAGUUAAGUUGUAAGUUUAUGUAAUUAAUUUCGCAUUUAGCUAAUAUAGGUUAUCGGUUUUCUAUCUCCACCUUACAAAAUGUCUAAAAGAACUUUACCAACUUGGUCUCCUCCAGCGAGAUCAGAAAAGAGACCAGUUCUAAAGCUGUUCAACAGCUUAACACGCCAGAAAGAAGAAUUUGUUUGUUCAAAUGGGAAUAAAGUUAGUUGGUAUAGUUGUGGCCCAACUGUGUAUGAUGCCUCCCACAUGGGACAUGCCAGAUCUUACAUAUCAUUUGAUAUACUAAGGAGAAUCAUGGCAAAUUACUUUGGCUAUGAUAUAUUGUAUGUUAUGAAUAUAACAGAUAUUGAUGAUAAGAUUAUCAAGAGGGCUCGACAGAACCAUUUGUAUGAAAAAUAUAUGAAAGAGCCGAGAAAUCUUAAUGACACUAUAGAUGAUGCAACUUCUGUAGUAAAUUAUUAUGAAAAUGUAGUUAGAAAUACUGGAGAUCCAGAUAAGAAGAAUGCCAUGCAGAAAAUGUUAGAUAAUAUCGCAUCUGCAGUAAAGGUACUCCAGCAAGCAGUUCAAGAAAAUGACAGUGAGAAAAUAAAAACAUCAAAAUGUGAAAUGCUAAAGUCAGCUAAAGACCCUAUCUCGGACUGGCUGGACCAUAAGUAUGGUGCCACGGUCACUGAUAAUGCAAUAUUUGCAUCUUUACCAAAGUAUUGGGAAAAUGAAUUCCAUAAAGACAUGAAGGCAUUGAAUGUUCUACCACCAGAUGUUCUAACAAGAGUGAGUGAAUAUGUGCCUCAAAUUGUAAAGUUUAUAGAGAAAAUCAUAGAUAAUGGACUUGCAUAUGAAUCAAAUGGCUCAGUUUACUUCAAUGUGAGUGAAUUUGACAAAAGAGACAAGCAUCACUAUGCAAGACUGGUUCCUGAAGCUUAUGGAGACACAAAAUCACUACAAGAAGGAGAAGGUGACUUAUCUGAUGAAACCGCAGAAAAGCGUUCUGCAAAUGACUUUGCAUUGUGGAAGUGCAGUAAAGCAGGUGAACCCUCCUGGGAAUCGCCCUGGGGCGCAGGCCGCCCUGGCUGGCACAUUGAGUGCUCAGCUAUGGCAUCUGAUAUCUGCGGAAAUAACUUAGACAUACAUACUGGUGGAGUUGAUCUGAAGUUCCCUCACCAUGACAAUGAAUUGGCACAAAGUGAAGCUCAUUUCGAUUGCCCAGGCUGGGUGAACUAUUUCUUGCACACUGGCCACCUUACGAUCGCCGGAUGCAAGAUGUCGAAGUCGCUAAAAAACUUCGUGACGAUUUCUGAUGCACUGAAAAGACAUACCGCGCGACAGCUGCGCAUCGCAUUUUUAUUGCACGGCUGGAAAGAGACCCUUGACUACUCGGAUAACACCAUGGAGAUGGCUAUUCAGACUGAAAAGUUGUUCAAUGAGUUCUUCCUGACGGUAAAAGACGCGUUGCGGAGCGGAUACGAUGAAGGCUGCGGCGGCGCGUGGGGCCCCGAAGAACAGCAACUCUCCAGCAAACUUAGCUCCGUCAAGGAACAAGUGCAUGCUGCACUUUGUGACAACAUCGACACGCGUGGCGCCCUAGACGCCCUGCGGGAGCUAGUAGGAGCUAGCCACGUGUACCUACGUCAGACGUCACCUCGUCCCGCCCCGCUGUUGGCCGCGGCCGCGCGCUACGUCACCGAUAUACUGCACAUAUUCGGCGCCGUCGAAGGCCCGCGCGGGGGCAUCGGCUUCCCUGUGGGCGAUGGAGACGCUGCUAACUUGGAGAGCCAAGUGAUGCCGUACUUAGAAGCGCUGAGCACAUUCCGUGCGUCAGUGCGCGACGCGGCCCGCAGCGCGAAGGCACCCGAAGUGUUGGCGCUGUGCGACGCGCUACGGGACUCCGUAUUGCCUGAACUGGGGGUGCGGCUCGAAGACAAACCCGAUCGCACUGUUGUCAAGUUAGUCAGCAAAGAAGAAUUACUUAAAGAAAGAGAAGAAAAGAAGCGCCAAGAAGCAGAGAAGCUAAAGAAGAAACAGGAGCUUCUGGAAGCGCAGCGAGCUAAAGAAGAACAGAAGAAAAUCCCGCCUUCCGAGAUGUUCAAGCGCGAGACCGACAAAUAUUCCAAGUUCGAUGAUAAGGGACUGCCCACACAUGACCACGAGGGCAAAGAACUCAGCAAAGGUUUGGUCAAAAAGCUGCAGAAGCUUCAACAGGCUCAAGAGAAGAAAUACAACGACUUCUUAGCCUCCGUGAACUCUUGCUGACCUGGGCAAUGAAGUAGCGUUCCAUGUUCUAUAGCGUUGUAGUGACGCUCAUAACUCUCUAGGCCGCGUGCCAUUUUGAACUUAUUUCCAUUAUAGUUUAAGUGUAAAACGUCACACGGCUAAUCUUAUUUUAACGCGGUAUUGCUACGUCAGUGACGGAAUAGAAUUAAAAAAUUCAUUGUAAUUGCAAAAUGUCUAAGGCUUCAUUGAUAUUCUCUUUAACUAUUUUAUUUAACAGCAACUUUAGCAUUAGGUGUGUCCUAAUCCUAAUUCUGGCAUUUGCAUAAUAUUAUUUUGUAUUAUUAUAACUAAAUUAUUAAAAAUGACGUUCCUAAUUUA